CGCGCCGCGGCUCCUCCGGCCCCAUCGGGCGGCAGAGCAAAGCCAUGGCCCGGCCGCUUGGAGGGCUGCGGCUGCUCCCCCGCCGCCUCCUCCUGCCCGUCCUCCUGCUCUCCCUCGCCGUCCCCCCGCAGCGCGGGGCCGCCCAGCGCCGGGACCGACUGCGGGUGCUCUUCACCCCGGCCGUCUGCCGCCUCCGCUGCGUCGGCGCCCACUGCGCGACGCACUGCGAGCGGGGCAACGCCACUUUCCUGGAGAGCGAGGCGCCGGGCGGGGGAGCGCCCGCCGGGACCGGCUUCCGCGUCUUCCUGUGCCCGCUGCUGUGCCACAACGGAGGGGUCUGUGUGAAGAAGGACCGCUGCCUCUGCCCCCCUAGCUUCACGGGCAAGUUCUGCCACCUGCCGGUCUCCCGCACGCAGCCCGAGGCGCCCCCCGCGCCCCCUCCCCCUGGGGUCACCAAGUCCGUGUACACGCUGCCCCUGGCCAACCACCGCGAGGAGGAGGACGGGGCCGCGUCUAUGGUGAGCGUGCACGUGGAGCAUCCGCAGGAGGCAUCUGUUACCAUCCACCAAGUGGAGCGAGUGAGCGGCUCGGGCCCGAGGGUCAGCGCCAUUGGGGGCGAUCACCUGAACCGGGCCGCCCUCUACACGGUCCUGGCACAGAGCAGCCCGCGGGAGGAGGGCUACAGCGAGACCUCCGGCUUCGGAUACUGCUUCCGCCAGCUGAGGAACGGAGAGUGCGCGUCCCCUCUGUCCGGCCUGCGGACCCAGGAGAUCUGCUGCCGUGGGGCCGGCCUGGCUUGGGGUGUCCACGACUGUCAGCCGUGCUCAGCGCACCAAGGUAGCUCGUCCCUACCGAGGCCUCGGGAUGCUGCCUGCCCCACGGGCUUCGAAAGGAUCAAUGGCUCCUGCGUGGAUGUCGAUGAGUGCCAGGACCCCAGGCGCUGCCAGCACGGCGAAUGUACCAACACCAGGGGCGGCUACACCUGCGUGUGCCGGGAUGGCUACCUGCUGGACUCCUCCCGCAGCAGCUGCAUCUCCCAGCAUGUGAUCUCAGAGGCCAAAGGCCCUUGUUUCCGAAUCCUGCGAGAUGGUGGCUGCUCCCUGCCUAUCCUGCGUAACAUCACCAAACAGAUCUGCUGCUGCAGCCGUGUGGGCAAGGCCUGGGGCCACAGCUGCCAGCUGUGCCCUCCCUUCGGCUCAGAGGGAUUUCGGGAGAUCUGCCCCGCUGGUCCCGGAUACCACUACUCGGCCUCGGACAUACGUUACAACACGCGGCCCUUGGGUCAGGAGCCUCCCCGGGUGCCCGUGAUCCAGUCACGGCCCUCGCCGCCACCGCCCGCCACUUCCGCGCCCCCCGCCAGGCGUCCCACGGCUCACUGGAGUUUCCGGCCCACCCCACGCCCCGAGCAGCGACCCCGGCCCAGACCUCGGCCUCAACCCCAGCCCACUUCCGCGAGCCCCCAGCCCCAGCCCCAGCCCAACGUCCCUGUCCACCCGAUUCCCGAGCGCCCCGGGCCUGCAGGAGGACCCUUGGCAGGAGUAUGUGAGCGCAACCCCCAGAUCUGUGGUCCAGGUCGCUGCGUCCCCCGGCAGGGCGGCUACACCUGCGUGUGCGACCCUGGCUUCUGGCUCAGCACCCAGGGCACACACUGUAUCGAUGUGGACGAAUGCCGUCAAGUGCCUCGGCCCUGUGCCCACGGGCGCUGUGAGAACUCACCCGGCAGCUACCACUGUGUUUGUGCCCCUGGUUUCCGGGCCAGCCGCCAGGGCACCGAGUGCCAAGAUGUGGACGAGUGUGAAGAGGAGCCUUGUCCCAAUGGGCGCUGUGAGAACAAGCCGGGCAGCUACCUCUGCGUGUGCCCAGCUGGGUACCGUGCCGCCCCCCGAGGAGCUGGCUGUGUGGACAUCAACGAGUGCGCCCAGAGUCCGGGGCCCUGCGGCUGGGGUCACUGCGAGAAUCUGGCCGGUACCUUCCGCUGCAUCUGCCCGCCCGGCUUCCGCGUGGCCAGUCCGGGCUCCGAGUGCGAAGACGUGGAUGAGUGCAGCCAGAGCCCUCCGCCCUGUGGCGAAGGGCGCUGUGACAACAGCGGGAGCUACCACUGCGCUUGCCCGGCUGGCUACCGCUCCGACCCGCCUGGCUCUCCCUGCACCGACGUGGACGAGUGUCAGCAAAGCCCCUCGCCCUGUAGCUACGGGCGCUGCGAGAACACGGCCGGCAGCUUCCUCUGUGCCUGCCCCGCCGGGUUCCGAGUCAACGUGCUGGACAGCGAGUGCGAGGAUAUCGACGAGUGUGAAAACCAUCUGGCAUGUCCGGGUCAGGAAUGUGUCAACUCCCCCGGUUCCUUCCAGUGUCUGCCUUGCCCGCCGGGCUACCGGCCCCACCAAGGGCGCUGUGCGGACGUGGACGAAUGUGCCUCUGGCAGCCCCUGCGGCCCCCACGGCCGCUGCACCAACACGGAGGGCUCCUUCCGCUGCAGCUGUGCCUCCGGCUACCGUCGUCCACCCGGCGGCCAGGCCGGGCCUUGUGCGGAUGUGAACGAGUGCCUCGAGGGCGACUACUGCUUCCCCCAUGGCGAGUGUCUCAACACGGAGGGCUCCUUCGCCUGCACCUGCGCCCCUGGCUAUCGAGCCGGCCCCCGCGGAGCCUCAUGCCUAGACGUGGACGAGUGUGGCGCGGGGGGCUUGUGCCAGGGUGGGCUCUGUACCAACACUGACGGCUCCUUCGAAUGUAUCUGUCCCCCGGGCCACCGUGCUGGCCCGGACCUCGCUUCCUGCAUUGACGUGGACGAGUGCCGGGAGGGGGGCGCUGCCCUCUGCGGGACCCAGCGCUGCGAGAACGUGCCCGGCUCUUACCGCUGUGUCCGUGACUGUGACUCUGGCUACCGCGCCGGCCCUCGUGGCAACUGUGAGGACGUGGACGAGUGCAGGGAAUAUGGACCGGCCCUGUGCGGGGCCCAGCACUGUGAGAACACCCCCGGUUCUUACAACUGCAUCCCUGCCUGCGACCCCGGCUACCAGCCAACGCCCGGGGGUGGCUGCCAAGACGUGGACGAGUGCAGGAACCGGACCUUCUGCGGGGCUCACGCCGUGUGCCAGAAUCUCCCUGGCUCCUUCCAGUGCCUCUGUGAUCAGGGCUACGAGGGGGCGCGGGAUGGGCGCCAGUGUGUGGACGUGAACGAGUGUGAGACGCUGCAGGGCGUGUGCGGGGCGGCGUUGUGCGAGAACGUCGAGGGCUCCUUCCUCUGCAUCUGCGCCCGCAGCUCCGACGAGUUCGACCCCAUGACCGGCCGCUGCACUGCCCCCGCGCCCCCGGCCGACCCCGGCCCGGGGAGGGCCGAAGGGGCAAGGGCAGGGGCGGGAGGGUCCUCUGACCCCGUCUCUGUGCUCUCUGGCUCCGUGCCCGCUGGGUCGCUGCCUGCUGGGUCGGUGCCUUCUGGAUCGGUGCCCUCGGGCUCCUCCGUCUCUGGGCAGUCGCCCCCCAGGUGGCCAAGCGGCCCCCGUCCGGGCACGAUUCCCGGAGGCUGGGGAGGGGGCCGGGGCGGGGGCAGCGGCCGGCGGGAGUGUUACUAUGACACUGCAGCGGCCGAGGCCUGUGACAACAUCCUGGCGCGGAACGUCACCUGGAGGGAAUGUUGCUGCACCGUGGGCGAGGGCUGGGGCAGCGGCUGCCAGAUCCAACAGUGCCCGGCGCCGGAGACAGAGGAGUACCAGUCCCUGUGCCCCCACGGACGGGGUUACCUGUCCCCCUCCGGAGACCCGAGCGUCCAGAGAGAUGUGGACGAGUGCUCUCUGUUCGGGGACCAGGUGUGCAAGGGUGGGGUCUGCGUCAACAAGGCCCCCGGCUACUCCUGCUAUUGCCCCAAUGGCUACUACUACCAUAUCCAACGGCUCGAGUGUGUGGAUAACGACGAGUGCGCGGACGAAGAAGAGGCCUGUGAAGGCGGGCGCUGCGUCAAUACGGUGGGCUCCUACCACUGCACCUGCGCGCCCCCGCUCGUGCUGGACGCCUCCCAGCGCCGCUGCGUCUCCAACGACAGCCAGAGUCUAGAGGACGACCUGGCCGUGUGCUGGCAGGAGGUGGGGCCCGAUUUGGUGUGCAGCCGACCGCGCCUGGACAGGCGGGCCACCUACACCGAGUGUUGCUGUCUCUACGGCGAGGCCUGGAGCAUGGAUUGUGCGCUCUGCCCCGCACGAGACUCAGAUGAGUUCGAAGCCCUGUGCAACGUGCUCCGCCCUCCCGCCUACGGGCCCGUGUCUCCGGGCGGCCUGGGGCUCCCGUACCCCGAGUACGGCCCGGAGUUCGGUCCGGCCUAUGGCCUCCCCUACGGGCCCGACCUCUACGCGCCGCCCCGGCCGGGCUACGACCCCUACCCACUGGGCCUGGGCUACGAGCCCCCGCCGCCGCCGGCCGGGCCGGGCCCCUUCGGACGCCGGGAUGCACUGUACAGCUCACCGCCCUUCGAGGCCCCCGACUUCGACGAAGGCUACAGGGAGGGCCGGGGUGCCGAGACCGACGGGCGGGCGCCGGUGCCCGCCUUCCCACCGGUGCCGCCCGACUCCACGGCCCGCUGGCGCUACCGGCCCCGCCACACCGACAGCUCCUUCUCCGACCCGGAGCCCGCCGGGGAGCCCUCCCACGCUGCCCGCUACGAGUCGUUUGAGGGUCUCCAGGCCGAGGAGUGCGGCAUCCUGAACGGCUGCGAGAACGGGCGCUGCAUCCGCGUGCCCGAGGGCUACACCUGCGAUUGCUUCGACGGUUACCGGCUCGACAUGACCCGCAUGGCCUGCGUGGACAUCAACGAGUGCGAGGAGGCGGAGGUGGCGGGCAGACUGUGCCUCAACGGGCGCUGCCUGAACACCGACGGCUCCUACCGCUGCCUCUGCCAUCCGGGCUUCACCCAGUCCCGCCAGCCUCACCAGCCCCAUCUCUGCGUGCCCGCCCGGCCCCGGGCCUGAGCGGGAACUGCGGCCGCCCCCGCCCGGCCUCCGAGCCCUGGCACCUGGCGGCGGGGGGAGCAGGACCCCCAUCGUUCACCUCUUCUCUGGUCUCCCCCUCCCAAGUAUGUGUUGGGGCGGAGCAGGGGAGGCAGAGGACGUCGGGGUGGGGGUCGGGGGGUAUUCAGGGCCACAGCGCCUCGGCCGCUGACCGCAAACCCCAGCUGCCCCUCCGGACCGAACGGCCCGACCCAGUUCUAACCACCUGCCUCUCCUCCCUCUCUGCUUUCAACCCCUCCCGGCCCCGGACCUGGAGAGGCAGAGGUCUGAGGUCCAUAGAAGGGAGUGCAAGGGUGGAGCUGGCUGCCCGCUUUGCCCCCUUGCCCAUCCUAAGCCCAGCCAACCUCCUAGCCACCAGCAACUCCAAAUAUUGUACCCACCCGCCGCCGCUCCUCCCUCCCUCAGCCCCCUCCUCUCCACCCCACCACCAUGCACAGAAAAUCUCCCCCCCACAGCACAUACGCAUCCAACCCCUCCCCCACCACAGCACCAGGAACCCCCAGAGGUGCCCACACCCUGGCCUGCCAUGUAGUGGAACUGUUUACGGUCGGCUGGAGUGGGGCGCGCCCUUUGGUCUCCAAUAAAAGCCCCUUUUCUA